AAUUAACCAUAGACAAAAUCUAAAAGCAAAAUGAAAAAUGAGAUGUCUGCGGCAUAAAAAAAAAAAAAGAUUUAAUAAGAUUGCAAGGAAACGGACGGUUUCUUUUUGUAGAAUAUUCUAUGGAGAGGUUAAUGUAUCAGUAACACCUAUAGUGUUGUUAAAACAUGUUUGAUUAGUUCUCUACUUUAUUGUUUUAAAUUGUUUCUUUAUUUCAUUGUGUACUACGUUUAAUCAUUUGGCCACCACGACUACGACCAUAAUAAAAUGGCGACUGACCAAAUGAAACACCGCAUGCAUGUUUUCAAGAAUACGGGCAAAGAUGUUGAUGAAAUGCGCAGGCGAAGGAACGAAGUGACAGUUGAAUUAAGAAAGAAUAAAAGAGAAGAAACGUUACAAAAACGACGAAAUGUACCCGUCAGCUAUUCGACAGACGAGGAUGACAUCGAUAGGACCCUGGCAUCGACGGAUUUGCAGGAGUUGGUUAUGAAGGCAGCUAACGUAGAAGACCCCGUAGCGCAGUUGGCAGCAGUUCAGCAAUGCAGGAAACUUUUGUCUUCCGACAAGAAUCCACCUAUAGACGAAUUGAUAAAGACUGGAAUACUACCAAUACUCGUUCAGUGCCUUUCAAGGGCAGACAAUCCUACGCUACAAUUCGAAGCCGCUUGGGCUCUCACAAACAUCGCGUCUGGGACGUCUGCACAGACCAAUAAAGUCGUUCACGCGGGUGCGGUGCCUCUCUUCCUCCAGUUGCUAAUGUCCCCUCACGAGAAUGUGUGCGAACAGGCUGUGUGGGCUCUCGGUAACAUCAUAGGUGAUGGGCCAGUACUGCGAGACUUUGUCGUUGAGUUAGGAGUGGUCAAGCCUCUGCUAAGCUUCAUAAAGCCAGACAUCCCUAUCACCUUUCUUCGUAACGUCACGUGGGUGAUUGUAAACCUGUGUAGGAGUAAGGAUCCACCCCCACCUGUUAAGACGAUUCAGGAAAUAUUGCCGGCUCUCAACAUGCUAAUCACACACACGGAUACCAAUAUCUUAGUAGACACAGUAUGGGCAAUUAGUUAUUUAACGGACGGUGGUAAUGAACAAAUUCAAAUGGUCAUUGAUUCUGGUAUAGUGCCAAAAUUGAUACCACUUUUAUCCCACAAGGAGGUUAAGACGCAAACGGCCGCCCUUAGGGCCGUGGGCAAUAUAGUAACAGGAACUGAUGAACAGACUCAAGUUGUGCUCAAUUUUGAUGCAUUAUCUCACUUCCCAGCGUUAUUGUCACAUCCGAAAGAGAAGAUCUGCAAGGAGGCAGUGUGGUUCCUGUCGAACAUAACGGCAGGCAACAAACAGCAGGUUCAGGCGGUGAUUGAUGCUGGCCUCCUCCCCAAGAUUGUUGAGAACCUGAGUAAGGGAGAAUUCCAGACACAAAAGGAGGCUGCAUGGGCCGUCUCCAACCUCAGCAUCAGCGGUUCCAAGGAGCAGGUGGCUGAACUCAUCCGUUGUGGAGUCAUCCCACCCUUCUGCAACUUGCUCUCCUGCAAAGACACGCAGGUCAUCAAUGUGGUACUGGACGGUCUUAGCAACAUGCUGAAGAUGGCCGGCGACGGCGCGGAGCAGGUCGCCACCAUGAUCGAGGAGUGCGGAGGCAUCGACAAGAUAGAGGAGCUCCAGGGCCACGAGAAGAUAGAGAUCUACAAGAUGGCCUACGACAUCAUUGAGCAGUACUUUGCAGCGGAGGAGGAGGAUGCGACACUGGUGCCGGCGGCCGCGGAGCAGGCGUUCGCUUUCGAGCCCGCGCCCGCCGCGCACGACGCCUUCCGCUUCUGAGCGCCCGCCCGCCGCCCGCCCCGCCCCCCGCCCCCGCCCUCGACCGAGCGGCCUCCGGUGACAUCCACUAUGAACUCCACCUGUAUCUACAACUGACGCGAUGAAGCCGCUCGAAAGAACAAAAGUCGGUCGGCCUCUUACUCGUCUGCGGCCUGCGUUCCGGAGUGGCGGCGGCGCGCGAACGUUGAAACUACGUUGGACUGACGUCCGUCGCGCCGUACCUUUAUGUUGGUAUUCAUUAAAUAGGGAUAGUCCUCUCCGAAACACGCGGGUCUCCAGCUGUGUCCGCGGCUAGCAACCGACCUCACUGUCUAGUUACACGUAAUCGAUCGUUGUUCUUUCUUUGAUCGAGCCGAAGGUCCGGAGGCGCGGGUGCUACGACUCUAUUGUGAUGUUUGAAAAUGUUUCAUUUUUGUUUUUCGAUUUCGUAACUUAUAUAAUAGAGGAGAACGAGAAGUGGAUAGCUUUAAAGUUAAGUGCCGCGUACGCGAGUGUACUCCGCUUACCGAAGAUAUGCUUUUGAUAUAACAUAGUAUUUAUGUUUCGAAUUUUAACCCGGAAGGCGACCGUCGGCGGUCGCGUAUUAUAGUUGUGGAAUUAUGUUCUGACAUUGAACCCAUUUGUAAACUAUGUAUCAAUAAAUUCUGUCCAAUAUUA